CUAUCUCUCUCGUCACCUUCCAUUGGAAGGAAGCCAGGAAGGCGAAACCUCUUCCUUCCCAAGUUCGCCCCCCUCCCCUCUUUAUAUUCCUUCCUUCCUUCCUUCCUUCAAUUAUACAUUCAACUCAAAUUACACAAAGCACACACCCGCUCACUCCCUCACUCACUGUUACAACACUUGCAUUGUCUCUCGUUCUCUCUCAAUAGCAAUUCUCAUCGCUACUCUGCGAUCAGACUCUCUGCUUCUUACUUUUGCAACUCGGCCUAGAGUAUGGAUCAGGCUCCCGUGGAGGUUGACGACCCGACCCAACAAUCUGCCGAUCCUCUCCCAUUCGCCAGAAGUUACCAACUUGAGGCAUUAGAUGCAGCUAUUAAAAAGAAUACCAUAGUGUUCUUGGAGACUGGCUCCGGAAAAACACUCAUUGCCAUAAUGCUUCUUCGGAGCUAUGCCUAUUUGCUCCGUAAACCAUCCCCAUUCAUUGCUGUCUUCUUGGUUCCCCCAGUCGUCUUGGUUAAACAGCAAGCUGACGCAAUCAAAAUGCACACCGACUUAAAAGUCGGUAUGUAUUGGGGAGAUAUGGGAGUGGACUUCUGGGACAUUAAAAUGUGGAAGGAACAAAUUGAAAAAUAUGAGGUGCUUGUGAUGACUCCUCAAAUAUUACUGAAUAAUCUGAGGCAUAGCUUCUUUAAGCUUAGUAUGAUAAAGGUUUUAAUCUUUGAUGAAUGCCAUCAUGCCAGGGGUAACCACGCAUAUGCUUGUAUUAUGAGGGACUUCUUUCACCGCCAGUUACAUUCUGAACUUCCAAGAAUAUUUGGAAUGACUGCUUCCCCGAUUAAGUCAAAAGGUGGAAAUCCAGAGUUAUCCUAUUGGAAAACAAUUGAUGAACUUGAGACAGUGAUGAAUUCGAAGGUGUAUACAUGUGUUGAUGAAUCUGUGCUUGCUGAGUUUAUACCAACUUCAACACCCAAGUUUAGAACAUACAGACAUAGGGAAAUUCCCUCUGCCUUGUAUACACACUUAACAAAUCAGUUGAAAGAUUUGAAAGAAAAGCAUGAAUUGUCAGCAAAAGGUUUGGACCUCGUUGAAUCUUCACAGUCUAUAAGCAAAAAGCUGAUGAAAUAUUUUUCAGCUCUAACAUUUUGUUUGGAAGAACUUGGUGUUUGGCUUGCUUCAAAGGCUGCUUUGUCUUUUUCAAACAAUGAUACCGACUUCUUUGCAUGGGAUAAGCUAGAUGUGAUGGGUGAGAGAAUCGUUAAAUCCUUCAGUCUAGAAGCCUACAAAUCAUUUGCACGUCUUCUUCCAUCUGAUCCAAACUGGAUGAUUGCUGAUGAUUUCAUAUGCAACAUGAACAAGGGGUUUCUAACUUCCAAAGUGGUUUGUCUCAUUCAGUUGCUUCUUGAAUACAGUGCUGUAACGAAUUUGAGGUGUAUAGUUUUUGUUGAACGGGUCAUCACAGCAGUCGUACUAGAAUCUUUACUGAAUGAAUUUCUUCCGAAACACAAUGACUGGAAGUCAAAGUACAUUGCUGGAAAUAACAGUGGGAUGCAAUCCCAAACCAGAAAAAAACACAAUGAGAUCGUUGAAGAAUUUCGUAACGGCGUGGUGAACAUUAUUGUUGCAACAUCGAUUCUUGAAGAAGGUUUAGAUGUUCAAAGCUGCAAUUUGGUAGUCAGAUUUGACCCUUCUUCCACUGUUUGUAGUUUCAUACAGUCUAGAGGCCGUGCUAGGAUGCAGAACUCAGAUUAUGUAUUAAUGGUGAAAAGAGGAGACUCAAACACAUAUUCUCGAUUACAAAAUUAUCUCGCCAGUGGAGACAUAAUGAGAAAGGAGUCACUACGGCAUUCUUCUUCUCCCUGUAGUUCGCUGGAAAUUGAUUUAGAGGAUGAUGGUUUCUACAUGGUCGAAAGCACUGGAGCUAGCUUAACCGUAGAGUCUUCUAUUGGUUUGAUGUACUUCUAUUGCUCCAGGCUCCCUUCUGAUGGUUAUUUUAAACCUGCUCCAAGGUGGGAUGUGGAGACCUGCACUCUAUAUCUUCCCAAGAGCUGUCCAAUACUUCAUGUUCGUGUGGAAGGAAGUGGUAAAUUUCUGAAGAAGAUAACAUGCUUUGAAGCUUGCAAGCAACUUCACAAGAUUGGGGCUUUAACUGAUAAUCUUGUUCCAGAUGUUGUUAUGGAAGAAGCCCCACAAGAGUUUGAGCAUGAGCCUUAUGCUGAUGAGCAAUCCAGUUAUGUGCCAAGUGAAUUGGUCAAACCUUGUUCAACUGAUACUAGCAUUUCGUAUCACUGCUACUUGAUAGAGCUGGAUCAAAAAUUCGGAUGUGAUAUUCCGAUUAAUGAUUUUGUGCUUGGCAUGAGGAGUAAACUUGAUAGAGAUAUUUCAGAUUUGCAGUUUGAUUUAGAAUUUGGGAGGGGUUUUUUAUCAGUGAAAGUUAAAUAUGGUGGAGAGAUGGCUCUUAAUCCAAAGCAGGUACUCCACUGUAGAAAAUUCCAGAUCACGAUUUUCCGAAUUAUAAUGGAUCAUAACUUGGAUAAGUUGAAAGAAGCUUUAGGUGGCCUUUGUUCGGGAGGAAAUCUAGGGUUUGAUUAUUUGUUGCUCCCAGGGAUCAGAGUACAUCAGAGACCUUCGAUAAUUGAUUGGCAAUGCGUCAUAUCUGUGUUAUUUCCAGAUGAAGAGUACAGAAAGGAACACAUAGAUUGUUCUUUACCCCGUGUUCUUCGUACCAAAAAUGGUGUUCUUUGUACCUGCAUGAUCCGGAAUUCCUUGGUGUGGACCCCUCAUAAUGGUAGCUUGUAUUGCAUCACUGGUUUGUUGGAUGAGAUGAAUGGAAACUCACUUCUUCGCCUCAGUGAUGGCACAGUUCUUACUUACAAGCAGUACUAUGAAACAAAGCAUGGGAUCAACUUGUGCUCUGACAAACAGUUGUUGCUGAAAGGAAGACGCAUUUUUCACGCGAAAAAACAUGUUCUAAGGGGUGGAAAACAAGCAGAAAAAGAAUCAAGCAAUAUAUCUGUGGAGUUGCCUCCUGAGCUGUGUUCUAUAAUCAUGUCGCCCAUAUCAAUUAGCUGUCUACACACAUUUUCAUUUGUUCCAUCUAUCAUGUAUCACAUUGAGGCUUUACUUACUGCUGUCAAUUUGAAAAAUAUGCUUUUGGAUCAGUGCACGCAAAAGGUCAUUAUUCCAACCAGCAAGGUCUUGGAAGCUAUUACAACAAAAAAAUGCCAAGACAAAUUUCAUUUGGAAUCCCUAGAGGCUCUUGGAGAUUCAUUUCUUAAAUACGCUGCUAGCCAGCAGCUUUUUAGAACCUAUCAAAAUAAUCAUGAAGGCCUUCUAAGUGUAAAGAAAGACAGAAUAGUUUCUAAUGCUGCCCUUUGCCGAGUUGGAUGUGACCGCAAACUUCCGGGCUUUAUUCGGAACGAGCCUUUUGAUCCAAAAAAAUGGAUCAUACCUGGAGACUUUUCUGAACCUUGUCUAUUGAAAGAGGAGGUCCUCUCCAGUGAAAGAAGUAUGUACAUUAGGGGGAAAAGGAAGAUUAAAAGCAAGUGUAUUGCUGAUGUGGUUGAGGCGCUAAUAGGUGCAUUUCUUAGUACUGGUGGUGAAAUGGCUGCUAUGUACUUUAUGAACUGGGUAGGUAUAAAGGUAGAUUUUACAUAUAUACCAUACACGAGGAACUUUUCAGUGCAGCCAGAAAAGCUUGUCAAUGUGAAGCAUCUAGAAUCCCUACUGAACUACUCAUUUCGUGAUCCUUCACUUCUAGUGGAAGCACUAACUCAUGGUUCUUACAUGCUCCCUGAGAUUCCAGGAUGUUAUCAGAGGUUAGAGUUUCUUGGGGAUGCAGUGUUAGAUUACCUGAUAACUGUCUAUUUGUACAACAAAUAUCCGGGGAUGUCACCAGGAGUUUUAACUGACAUGAGGUCUGCUUCAGUGAACAAUGAUUGCUAUGCCCGAUCUGCUGUGAAGGCUGAAUUGCACAAGCACAUUCUCCAUACUUCACACAAGCUCCACAAGGAUAUAGUUUACACAAUUGCUAAUUUUCGGCGAUUAUCUACAGAAUCUACCUUUGGAUGGGAAUCUGAGACAUCAUUCCCCAAGGUACUGGGAGAUAUUAUCGAGUCUCUAGGAGGGGCAAUAUAUGUUGAUUCAGGAUACAACAAGGAUAUUGUCUUUCGGAGCAUACGUCCUCUCUUAGAGCCCUUGAUUACUCCAGAAACUGUGACACUCCAUCCUGCCAGAGAGCUGAAUGAAUUUUGUUCGAAAAUGCAUUAUGAUAUGAAGAAACCAUUGAAAUCCUUCCAAAAUGAUGCAGCUACCAUUACAAUAGAGGUUGAAGCUAAUGGGGUCACAUACAAGCAUUCAUCAACAGCUUCUGAUAGGAAGACAGCUAAAAAGUUAGCGUGCAAAGAAGUCUUGAGGUCCUUGAAAGAGAGUACAUUAACUAUUUAAGUGCGAACGGAUGUAAGAUAUGGUUGUGUACAAUUGUACACAGUGAUGUAUAGCAAUGUGCACCUUAUUUGUCGGCUGUGGUGAAUUGUAAAUUGCCUUUUUGCAAUUACAGAUGAUCUGCUAUCAGUUAAUGGGAUUAUUACAAAUGUAGUACUGUCCUAAUUAAUCAAUUGUUUCACAGAUUGGCCU